AUAAAGGAAACGGGAUGCACAUUCACCCUACCAGUACGUGUGGCGAAAGAUACCCAAUAUUAAUCUUAGCCCGGCAGUAUCACGUGUCCCUACCUUUCAUUAUCGUAUGUCUGGCCAUGCAACCCUCCUAUGUAGUUGCUGGUGUUCGCUUUGUUUUUCUUUUGAAUAUUGUUUUUUGAACGGCGCUUUCUCAGCUGUGCCGGAGUUGGCCGAAUUUAUUGUGCGUUAAGCUAGGCGUGGUGAAGGAGGGUUUGAGUGAAUGGAGGGAACGCACGCGCUGUCGCUGAAAGUGAUGCGAAUUUCUCGACCUACGCUUGCCACGCACUCGGCACCUUACUUCACUGAGCCCAAUGGCGGGCCACUCACCGAACAUGCGCGCUCUUCCAUCCUAUCUCUCGAACGAUCUGCUCCGCUUGCCUCUUACCCCAGCACCCUUCGAGACUAUCCCCUUUCUGAAGUUCUCCUCCUGCCGGCAUCCUUCGGUACUAUCCAACUUGGCGAGACUUUCGCUGCUGUAAUCUGUAUCAACAAUGACUCCGUUUCUUUGACGCACAACCCAGCUCCAAUUUAUGCGUCUUCGGUGUAUCUCAAGGUCGAAAUUCAAAGCACCUCAAACAAGGCCGCUAUCGGUGAAACGGGCAGCGAGAGUUCAGUGCUUAAAGCAGGCGGUUUCAUGGAAUGCAAAGUCCAAGUAGAAAUGAAGGAAUUAGGCCAACAUGUCCUUGCAUGCACUUUGACUUAUAGAAUCCCUGGCUUUAUUGCAACAACGUAUCCAGUUCCACCUGAUGAUCCCUCGGACCCAACGCUCAGGACAUUGAGAAAGUAUUACAAAUUCAUGGUCACAAAUCCCCUCUCUGUUAAGACUAAAGUUCAGACCCUCAAGUCAUCCAAUGCGUUGUUGCGGCCAUCAGAGAGGGAUAAAGUUUUCCUCGAAGUUCAUCUCCAAAAUCUUUCUUCAGGACCGAUGACAUUCCAGCGUAUCCGCUUUGAAUGCGCGCCUAAUUCAGGCCUCAAAGUCCGGGAUCUGAAUGAUGCCCUGUAUGAUAACACAAGGGCGGGGAUGUCUCCCGGAGACACCAGACAGUACUUGUACGUCCUCAGCCCCAGGGAGAGUGACGGUGAUGGGUCUGAAGCACCCCCCGAACGACCGUCGAAGCAGGCCCCAGGCAGCACAGUCCCGCUUGGGCGACUUGACAUAGCGUGGACAUCCUCAUUCGGCGAGCCAGGAAGAUUGUUAACCAGUAUGCUCUCGCGAAAGAUUGCGCCACUUCCUAUUCCUGCGCCUCUGAAUCCUAAUGCAAAUACUGCUGGCACCAGCCAACCUAUUUCAAGUCUUCCUCCCUAUAUGUACCCAAAGAUAGCCAUUCCGCCACAUGUCUCCGGCCCUGCAUCUUCCAUCUCCCGUCCCCACUCGCCUACCGUUACGACGUCGACAUCUACACCAGGAUCCCGCCCAGGCUCACCGUUCCGAGUACGAAACGUCGGGACAGGUCCAAUGUCCCGUUCUCAAUCGCCGAGUCUGAGUUCCUUAACCUCCUCAAGCAUGGCUCCUCUUGCUGACCGUCCCCCUUCAGCACAAGGUCAGGGAGGGCAAGCCCCCCCGAUUCCGACUGCUGCCACCUCUGGGGCUUUUUCACAUUUGAGAGAAGCCACGUUGUCAGUAUUGAGAGUUGCUGGAGCGUCGUCCGAAUUAGGUAGUCAAUUAGCUGUGGCGGAUACAAGCGGACGCAUUGAUGAGGCUGCUGAGGUCGGUGCCGUCAUCAAGGCACAAGAACCAUUUCAUGUGCGGUUCAGGCUGGAUGUUCAACAGACCCCCUCUGCUUCUGCCACAAGGGACGGACUUUCUAUGGGUGAUACGAACCAAAUGAGGACGACCACGAUCUCGAUCCAGAGGACAGAGACACGAGCGCUGGACGUUAGUGCAGAAAGCCUUGUGAUUGGAGGGUCGGGUCGGGUUAGCGUACCGUUUGCGACACAGGCAAGUGGGUCUGGAUUAUUCCAUUCUAUCGGCGAUCCGGCCCAACAUGUGGUUUCAAACCAACUCAUGGCGAGCUCUCCCAUACCGUCACAUGGACAGUCAAUCUCGCCAUUUUUGGGAGAAACUUAUUCAACUCGUGGUUUUGCAACGGUCACCAUGCCAGCUGUUGAUGCAUUAAACGAUCAUCACAUUGGGAACAAAGGCGGUUAUUCAUUGAACACAGCGACUGAGGUUCCCUCCCCGUUCCUUACCCCCAGCGAGGGAAUUGUUUCCAAUGCCGGCUUGGUGCCAUGCAGCGCUGACGCUAUAGUGAGUGUUGGCCCAUCCCUGGUCAAGUUGGGCUCGGCAGAGAUGGUAUCCACUGACGAGGCGAGAGUGCGAUACGAGUUUAAGUUGGAAUAUGUUGCGCUUCGGAAAGGGCUUCAGGGCUUCGGAGGUGGGCUUCGAGUGUUUUCUGGAGGGCAGAUAAUGAUGGAGGUGAGUACAUUCGGAGAUAUCUGGGUGGUUUGAAAGGAUGCCCGCGGGAUAAGCCGCGCAGAGAUUUGAUUGGGUAGGAAUACAUGGUGUGCUUAUUUAUUUUAUUUUACUUAUUCAUUUAUGCAUUUGGACAGGCACGAGGCCUGGGAAAC